AAAAGAAAAACAAGAUAAAUCUGCUGAUAUUAAGACAAGGACUAAACAGCAAACUGCUCAAAGUGAAGGCAAGGAUAUGAAAGACACUUUGCAGAGUAAGGAGGUUGAACUUGAAGCGAGUCCUGGAAAGUCAAGAAUUAGGAAGAGAAAGUCAGGGAAACAAAAACUUCGAGAAAUGAGAGCUAAAAGGAAGAGGAGGAAGAGUGAGCAGGAGAGAGAAGAAGCAGAAGCAGAGAAGACAGACCCCAAGGACAGUCUGGAUGAAUACGGUGAAGAUACAGCAGGAGAGAAAAUCAGUUCCGAAGUUUCCAUGUCCACUUGGGACACCCUAUCCAUCCCCACCGUGGUGCAUGAAUCCUUACAGACCAUGGGGUUCGCCAGCCCCACCCCCAUCCAAGCCGGCUGCAUACCCGCCGCUAUCAACGAAGGCAAGGACAUAGUAGGAGCUGCAGAAACGGGGAGUGGAAAGACAUUGGCCUUUGGGAUACCGCUGAUAUACAGGAUACUGCAACACGAAGCAGCACUUGCUUCAGGAUCGACGUCGGUAGCCACGGCGGACCCGACUGAAGACGAAAGCGGACAAGAUGGAUUGGAAGGUGAAGCGAAAGAUGAGGGUAGUGAGCAAGACGAUGAGGAAGGGAUGGAGGACGAUGAGAGGGAUGGGGAUGAUCCUAGCAUGAUGAUGACUGGCAUGGAAGCAAAUGAAGGUGAUGAUGACCUCAGUGACGAUGAUGUUGACGUUGACGAUGACAUUGAUGACAGUGAUGAUGAUGUUGAGGAUGAUGACAGUGAUGAUGAUGAUGGAGAACAGGUAGACAUGCAGAAGCUGAAGACGCAAAUGAAGUGCGUCGAUGUCGUCGAUAACAUCGCGGAUGAGGACUGGCUAAAAGCUGGACUACCGUUGACCAGCACUCCGGCCGGUGGGCUUGACCAGGAGAAGAAACUCUUUGGACUGGUCCUGACACCCACCAGGGAGCUGGCUGUGCAGGUCAAGAACCAUCUGGUCGCAGCAGCGAAAAAGACAAAUAUAAAGGUUGCUGUGGUUGUAGGAGGAAUGUCGGCAGAGAAACAGAAGAGGGUCUUGAAGAAAAGACCAGACAUCAUUGUGGGUACACCAGGAAGGUUAUGGGAGCUCUACCAAUUGGGUGAACCUCACCUUGCCAGCCUGCCUGACGUCAAGUGUCUGAUCAUUGAUGAGGCUGAUCGUAUGGUGGAGAAGGGUCACUACGCAGAGCUCUCUGAGAUAUUAGACAUUUUAAACACCUCUGAGCAGAGGUCGUCCAGACAAACUUUUGUGUUCUCAGCGACGCUAAGUCUGAUCCAUCUUGGUCCACUCAGGAAAUCAUUGAAGAAGGCUUACAAACAAGACAAGAAAGAUAAGCUAGAUUCUGUGAUGGCUAAGAUUGGUAUCAAGGAAGACGCUGAGGUGGUAGAUCUCACCAAGAGAGAAGGUACAGCAUCUUCACUGCUAGAGAGUAAAAUUGUUUGUGCAGUUGAGGAAAAGGACAUAUACCUGUUCUACUUUCUGAGGCAGUACCCAGGUCGAACCCUUGUCUUCACCAACAGCAUAGACUGCAUCAGGAGACUGGCAUCUAUCCUUACUCUGCUGGACUGUAAACCACUUCCACUGCAUUCCUCUAUGCACCAGAAACAGCGCCUGAAGAAUCUUGAAAGAUUCACAGGUAAUCCUAAGGGGCUACUCCUGGCUACGGAUGUUGCUGCUAGAGGCCUGGAUAUACCAGAUAUAGAGCAUGUUAUUCACUACCAAGUACCUCGUACAUCAGAGUCUUACGUUCACCGUAGCGGGCGUACAGCUCGACAGGCCAAGGUUGGUUUGAGUGUGACCCUAGUAUCCCCCAAUGAGAUGAACUUCUACAGGAGACUAUGCAAGACACUCAACAGAGAGGAGAUUCCCAGCUUCCCUGUAGAGCAUAGUUACUACCAAGCCGUGAAUGAAAGGGUGGAGCUAGCCAGAGACAUUGACAAGCUGGAGCACGUCAGCAACAAGAAGAAGCACCAGAACGACUGGUUUGUCAGAGCGGCCAAGGAGCUGGACGUCGAUGUGGAUGAACAUUUGAAUCUUCAUAACAUGGGCGAUUCAUCAGAACAGAAGCAAUUCAACAAGAAAUUGAGGAUAAUGAGAGGCACCUUGAAAGCAUUGUUGAAGAGGAGGAUCUUUGCUGCGGGUUAUUCUCAGCGCUACUUGACAGCUAAUGGCAAAUUCCAGUCUCCUUUCUCUCAAGCCACUGUUGGAUCUCACGAAGCGUUCUCCAAGAUGAAAGCUCGGAUGAAGAAGGACAAAGCGGACGACAGCAAAGAGAAGGACAAGAAACGGAAGAAGUUCAAGCGGAUGGGCAGAUACCAGACAAAGAAAUAGAGGGCAAUCUUAGGCAAGGGUCAUUUCUGAUUGGGCCAUUGGACAGCAGUCUAUUUAAGAAAUAGCUUUGAGAUUUAUAAAAUAAAGUCUAAAUGAUGACAGUGUAUUUUAAUUUAAAAGCUUUCCCGUAAACAAAGUCACUAAUUAUUACAAUAUACUUUUAAUACUUGUCAUCAUUAUCAGAUGAUUCAUUAAUGUCACCUUCUCAUCUUUGAUCAACUUCUUCUUCCUCUUCCUUUUCCUGCUCCUCCCCAUCGCCACCAUCAGGAUCAUCUGCGUCAUCAUAAUCAACAUCAAUACAAACAUCUUCCUCAUCAUCACCAUCAUCAUCUUCAUCAUAAUUAUCAGAAUUAUCAGCAUCAUAACAUAAUCAUCAUCACCACCUCCUUCAUCAUCAUCGGAUUACAUCAUGAAUAAAACAACACCCUUCAGAAUGUAUGCUGGCUAAAAUGCAGAUAGCAUCAUUUAUUUUUUAUAAAGAAGCUGCAGUAUUUUUUUUCCCUUAACAAUAUUAUUCUGUAUAGAAGGGCUACAAUCGUAACUUUGACUCAUGCUCAGGACAGGUUUAGUUUAAAGCUACUAUCUAACCUAUGAAUAAAUGCUGUGCGAGUCCAAAUGACUGCCGGACUGGAGAUAGACAAGUCAUGACAAUGUUAUUGAAUUCCAUAAUAGUCUUCGCAUUGUGAUAAUACAUGUUACAUAUUUCUAUAAUUUUAGGAUUAUGUGUACCUGACGAUGAAGACCACAGUUACUACACUUAUUGAAAAUCAGUACAAAUUUUUUAGUUACUAGAUGUUUUCAUUUUAAAAACAUAAGUACUUAUUCAUUUUAUUUUAACACCAAGACAUAAUAAACAUUUGAAAUAAUUUCAUGACCAUGUCAAAACAUUAUUUAACUUGUAAAAUGUCAUCCUUUUAAUUUUUUUGACAAUGCAUAUUUUAUGGAAGAGAUUCUUGAUUUUAGAUAUGGUCCACAAUAAAUCAUCGUUUGCAACUGUAUGCUCUACAGUGCCAAAUUGUAAAUAUGAUAUGACUUCACAUAUUAUGAAUAAAUAUUAUGCUCUUAUAAACAGAAU